UAAAAGCAGCAACCCGCGGCAAACGCUCUUCACAACCAGCCCGAUACUCUGGGACACAUUUCUGGCUGGUGUUCCGAGUGAUUGUGACGGCGCCUGGCACCUUGGGCCACCUCAAAGGCGGUUCGCGAUCGCUCCUGUUCCCCUCUCCUGAGGACUGGCUCUGUCCGUGACGUAGCCCAAUUCACAAAGCCAAGCCGUAAGAGUAUAAAAGGCGAAGGUACCGCACUUCACUCCAACAGCAGAGCUAACCGAGCGACGGAGGCCGGCAAAGCAAGCGACGUGGCUGGGGCAGUUGAGUAACUCGUUCGCCUAGCCAAAGAUCUGCUCGGCUCCUCCGAUCAGAAUCUGGGAUAGAUACACCGCCACUCCGACGAGUUUGUACCACCCCGGGCUAUCCGACAUGAUGUAUCAUCAGGGCUUCACCGCUGACUACGACGCGUCUUCCUCUCGCUGCAGUAGCGCUUCUCCGGCUGGGGACAGCCUCACUUACUACCCAUCUCCCGCGGACUCUUUCUCCAGCAUGGGCUCGCCUGUCAAUGCACAGGACUUCUGCACGGACCUAGCUGCCUCCAGUGCCAACUUCGUCCCUACAGUGACUGCUAUCUCCACAAGCCCAGACUUGCAAUGGAUGGUCCAACCCACCCUGAUCUCUUCAGUGGCUCCUUCCCAGAACCGAACCCAUCCCUACGGGCUCCCUGUUCCUCUGACCAGUGCCUACUCCGGGGCUGGGAUAGUCAAGACUCCGGGUGGCAGAGGACAAAGCAUCGGCAGGAGGGGCAAAGCUGAGCAGCUGACGCCCGAAGAGGAGGAAAAAAGGAGGAUCCGGAGGGAGAGGAACAAGAUGGCAGCCGCUAAAUGCCGCAACCGGAGGAGGGAACUGACUGACACCCUGCAAUCGGAGACGGACCAGCUGGAGGAGGAAAAGUCCGCUCUGCAGACCGAGAUCGCCAACCUGCUCAAAGAAAAGGAGAAGCUGGAGUUCAUCCUGGCCGCCCAUCGGCCCGCCUGCAAGAUCCCGGAGGAGCUGCAGUUCUCCGAGGAGCUCGCCGUCUCCUCCCUGGAUCUGCUAGCUGAGGCCCCCGUAGAGCGCUCCCCCGAGUCCGAGGAGGCGGCCUUCGCCCUCCCGAUGCUGCCAGAGCCGAUCCAGGCCGAGCCUGCCAAGGAGAGCAGCGGCCUGGAGCUGAAGGCCGAGCCCUUCGACGACUUCCCUUUCUCGCGCGCCAUCCGCGAGACGCCCCGCUCGGUGCCUGACAUGGACCUGUCCGGCUCCUCGUCUUUCUACGCGGCGGACUGGGAGCCCCUGGGGCCCGUGGGCAACGCGGAUCUGGAGCCCCUUUGCACUCCGGUGGUGACCUGCACGCCCUGCCCCAGCACCUACACCUCCUCCUUUGUCUUCACUUACCCGGAGACCGAUUCCUUCCCUAGCUGUGCAGCCGCGCACAGGAAGGGCAGUAGCAGCGAGCCUUCCUCCGACUCGCUCAGCUCGCCUACUCUGCUGGCCUUGUGAAGGGACUGCAUCCCCGAGCAAUAACUGCGGGGCUAGGGGGCAUCCUCACGGUAGAGACCGAGCCCCCGUCCCCCUUGCUGCUGCCGCCGCCGCCGCUGCUGCAUGGGGCCUUAGGCCGCAAAGGAGCUACUUUCUCCUUCCCUCGGAGCUCCAAGAUGCAACCCAAGGCUUGGGGAAGACAAAGCGCCUCCAUUCUGGCGUUUGGUAUGGAGUGUAAUUACUUUGCUGAAGGACUGCUCCGCAGCCUGCCAUAAGGCCUGGUACCUCUUCCAGAGAUGUAGCAAAUAGCAUGGAAUAUGUCUUGUUCCCCAUCCAUGAGAACUGGUAGUUUUGUAGCAUGUUCAACAUGACUGGGUUGUUGACUCCCUUCCCUCCUUAAUAUUCACUAGCAUUAACUAAUUAAUCUCUUGGUUUAAUGAUUGGAAUUUUACUAUGGUGCUGGGUAUCUUCGACUCGUAUCUAGUGCAGCUGAUUAACAAUAACUACUGUGUUCCUGGCAAUAUCGUGUUUUGAUGACUUAGCAAUGACCCAACUUAAACUGCGGAAAAAAGACCUUUAUUUUCUAGUAGAUUAAUAAAUAGCUAUGUUGUCAAUGUACUAUAAUUCUUGUACAUCAAUGUUCAUUGUAACUUAACUGAUCAUACAUUGUUGAAGUGGUCUGAAUGGUUUGACAUAAGUUUUCCAUGAAAACGUUUUAUUGUGUGUUUAAUUUAUUUAUGAAGAUAUUUAUAUUUUUAUUUUUUUCUACCUUGAGGUACGGACAUGUGGAAAGUGAAUAUGAAUGAAAUUUUAAGCAUUGUUUGCUUAUUGUUCAAGACACUGUCAAUAAAAGCAUUUAAGUUGAAUGCUAAAAA